AUGCCUGUUGCCUCUCUUGCCUCGCAAUAUCUAACAAGUGGCUGUCCCAAGCCCGGAAAGCAGCGGUCAACCCCAUGUAGAACAAGCGAGCUGUACGGAAACGGUCGAUUGCAUUUAUCGAUCUGCAAAGAAGGUGCCCGGUGGAAAUAUCACUUUUCUCUUCGUCACUCACCGCCAGAUGGCGUGGAAGAUACGAGGCUGUCUUGGUUGUUAGGUUUCAGAAUGUCCAUGGCGGGCUUUGGACAUGCUUCAUGGAUGUGGCGUGUUUCAAGUCCUAGGGCCUUGUCAUUGACCGGUCAGGGAUGGUGGUUGCCGCCCAGCAGGCAGGACCAGGUGGGCAAAACUUUGGGGUGUUGGUACGGCCGCAUGAUGCACGGCCACCAUCUAAUUAACAACCCCAGUCGCGGCGCGGAAUCUUUAGGGAGCUGGUUCGACUACAGCAAGGGUCAUCAGGUACGCCUGAACAUGGAACAUGUUGAUGUUGAGCGAUCAUUACCGAGUCUGACAUCCCGCGGCUGGGAUUGUUUCGGUCAAACAAUAUCAUGCGGAUUUUCUGCCACUAACAUGUAUCUUGACCAUCAAGUCAUGGUCAACCUGGACGGCAGACCAGGCUCAGAUGGCUGGACAGGCUCAUUGCACACUUUAACGACGCAUCUAAGCACCGGAGCAGAGGACCAAAAAGAUGGCGGACAAAAGCGUAGGCUCGGAUGUUUACUGUUGCCGGUCAGGAUUUACCUCCAACUUGGCAUCAAAGGUCCCGGGGUGCCUGGAGAGGGAGGUGCCGUGCGGAUAGAGCCUGGAGUCAAGUCUAAGUGUCAAAGUCUAGGAUCCGACAGGGGGAGAGUAGACAAGGUGAAGGAGAUUACGACAUUGCGAGUCCCUGGUCUUGCUGGGCCGGAGAUAUGCACUCAUGUAUCCGUAAGGUACGGAUACCAGACCGUGCAGGCGUACGAAAUGGAAAUGGUCAGGAUGAGGAGGAUCGUCGAGAGCUCGGCCGGGACGACCGUCCGGAAGAGGAUGGAAGCUCAAAACAUGGGUACGUCUCCAACCCCAAAGUGGAACACUCACCACUGUGGUCCUUCCAUCUCACCCCAUCCGUCCCCCAACCCUGCUGCUCUUUCCAUCCCGUCUGGCACAAAACAUCAGGUACCUCAGGUACCUAUCCAAAAUUUGGAGGCAGUCCGUCCUUACCGCCCCGUCCUCUCGUAUGGUUCCAUCCGAGCCGACUUCGUCUCCGCCCUUUUCAUCGCCAUGUUGCGGCUUUACCGGGCUCAGCUCUCAGCCCGCCCUACCUCAAGUCACUUUUUUACGCUAUCACGGCCUUAUCUCAACAAAUUUGCCUGGCACCCACCUACGGCAACUUUGGCUUGUUUCGAAUCUAAUCUGCUGAUCGGGCCAAAUUCGACCACCAAACCUCGCUCUACCAUCGCCCGUCCAUCUCAGACCCAGCGUUUACCUCCCGUCUUCGCCUCCAACCACGCCCGCCCUCAACUUGACGAUUACGGGCUGAUCGAUGACCAGCCCGCUCUCCGCUGCUACCCGGGAUCCACGAACGAGUACAAGCAUCCUAUGGCGCCCUCUACGAGUGGUUGCCCGAGUAGGAGAACGGUCUCCUUCACCAAACGCCCCCCACCCAGUUCUUCCAGAAGCAGCUCACAGCCUUCUCAAUCAUUUCUAGUUAUCGGCAACCUCGAUUACGCAGUCGCCUUUAGCACCAAGCCUCCCGCACUGAAGGACUUCUUCACCAGGUCUGCGCCUGAUGCGCAGCAAGACGCAUCUGGGUGUGAGGCUACCAGAAAAUUGUCGCCCUUUUCCCCCGCAAUUCAUGGAGCCCGCCCUGUUCUCUCCUUCAAGGAUGCACUGAGCGUGAACUCGACACAUUUGGCCCAUGGGUUGCGACGAGCAAAGUUUUGGAUCAUCCCCGUCCAAUUUGGGGGCUUUUCCCAGGAUGGUCUUGUUGCUCUCACAAUCAUUAUCCACUUUCUGCCGACCUUUGUGUUGCUUCCUCUCCUCACACCCCAAACACCCUUUUUCCCGCAUCCGCACCACCCUUUCCCUCAAAAGUUUCUCUACCAUGUCUUUCCCCUUUCACCAGCCCCCUAG